AUGGCUUGUAUGGCCUUGUUGCUAUUAUUGGUUUCGCUUUGCCUAAAGCCUGGGAGGCCGCUAUGCAUUUUAUUUCUGCUACACAAGGUUAUUAUGAACGAAUCACGGCAAAGCACAAUAGUUCCAUAUUCCAUGCUUUGUGGUGAGGUAUUUGUGCACAAACCCAUGCCUCCAUGGCAUGCGAUGGUUUCAAAGAUUUAUGUGGAAAAGGAUGAGUUGGAGAAGGUGCACAAGAUAACGGAUGAAAUACCGAACAUGAUGAGAUCUAAUCCAAAUGUUUACUUGGAGGAACAGCAGCCGUAUUGUGAAGUUUCAUUGGGAAAUUAUUUUGAGCUUACUAUUGGAUGUUAUCUAAAACAGGCGAGUGAAGAGGAAUUAUAUUUAGCAAAGCAGGAUAUUCUUUUGCAGUUGGCUCAGCUAAUCAAGAAGCACGGGUGCAAAGUAGGUGGGCACAGGGGGGAAGUAAAGUGUUUGUAAACUUAGAUGUCAAAGACUUAAUAGUAAAUACCAUCUGAAUGGGUUUUUUUUUAAAUAUAGCUUCAAAUUGCCUACUAUGUACAGCGUUAUCCAUGUCAGCAAAAUAGUAAGAUGUGGCUCAUAUUUACUCAACUUUAAAUUUAAAUAUCAUAUUUAUCAUUUUUAACUUUCAAAUUUGCUCAAUUCUUUUUUGUAAACAUUUCUUAAAAAUUUGUAAUCAAUUCUAUUAUUUAAAAAUCAUUAUAAUCUAAAAAAAUUAUAUAUUGACCAUA